AUGUCGAUCCCAGCGCAAACGGGGUUCAACAUCCAGGCCACGCUUUUCCUUGCGCCGGAGGAUACACCAAGAGUCCUCGAGGCCCUGAAACCAGUAUACGAGCAAACAAUCGCCGAGCCCGAAUGUCUUUCUUUUCAAGUAUACCAGCUGCGUGAUGACCCCGGGCAAAUACUUUUGGUUGAGGAUUGGGAAACACCUUUGGAGCGCUAUAUGGUCGAGAGACUCAAGGUGGACUAUAUGCAGGAAUUCUUUGCAAUUAUUCAGCCAUUGUUUACAAGGCCUCAGGAGGUCAAGGUGUUUGAUCGUCUUGGCCAGUUUCAUCAUAUUGAGCUGUAA